AUGGCUUCCUUCGCCACGAGCGAAACGUCCCUCUUAGACACAUCCUCAUUCGAAAAAAUGAUUCCGUCCAAUGGCGGCAGCCCCUUAGUCGUGAAUCAAGAUCUGCCCGAGGGUUUGCGAGCUGGCUACACAGAAAUCAAGACUCUUUGCGAAAAGAUGGAUACGCGUUUGCACAUCCACAGCUAUGCAAGAGAACUCUUCGAGGCGGUCUAUGAAUCGGAAGAGUUUGUGUCUGAGCCUCAGAAGACAGUCGUCGCUGGCUGUUUGUUUAUCGCUUACGAGGCCACCGAGGACGACCCGGUAACGAGAGAGGCAACCGGGGGGUACCGCAUCUUGCAAGAGAGCAAGAUCUCCUACCACGAGCGCUCUAUCUUAGCGCCAGCCGCAGAUCUGGACGUACUAAGGAUUUUUGCAGCCCUCGAGGAAUUCUUGCCCAAAGCAUCCGUCGGGGAUGCCGAUGAGGUGAUGGAACCAGCUGUUGUCAACGAAGCUAAGGGGUAUAACGCCGCCCUAGUAGAGAACGAGAACCCAGAUGACGCAGACUCCAGUGUUGGUGACUCAACCAAAUUCUUUCGAGCGGCCUACAAAAGAAUCGAGACCCUUUGCGAAUGCCUACCUAUACCCUCUCAAAUCCUGUGCAAUGUUACGGCUCGUAUCAAGUCCCUUUACAAGAAUGUUCACCUUUCAGGAGGGUUUGAGCAGGAUGAACAAGCAGCAGUCGUGGCAGGAUGUUUCUACCUCGCGUUCCGCCAGCUAGGAGUACCUCGCACCUUUCGGGAAGUCUGGAUCGUAACCCGCGUUCCUAUCGUGGACCUCGAGGCGGUGGUGAAGGAUCUUGAGGAAUUUUUUGCUGAAGAGGCUAGGCUCGAGAUACAGUCGGAGGAAGAGGCGGAAUAUCUGUCCGAUGAGCCAGACACUGUCUCCUCUUCAUAUAGGGCCCACUCGAGUGACGAUAGCGAGGCGGAGGGACCAGCUGAUGAGGGUAGAGAGAGGCUGGGUCCGCGCUGGACCUAG